GCAUGCAGGAAAUAUUUGGCAAGAAUGGAGCGGAGACGCCGGAGCCCCUCAGAGCGACAGUGUCGGGUUGUGUCCCUGACUGGCUACAAGGCACUCUGUUGCGCAACGGUCCAGGCAUGUUCACGUUGGGGGGUACCACAUACAACCACUGGUUCGACGGAAUGGCGCUGCUCCACAGCUUCACUUUCAAAGAUGGCGAAGUUUAUUACCGGAGUAAAUUCCUCCAAAGUGACACUUACAAGAAGAACAUGGCAGCCAACAGGAUUAUUGUGUCUGAGUUUGGAACUAUGAUAUACCCAGAUCCUUGCAAGAAUAUCUUUUCAAGAGUGUUUAGCCAUCUGUCCAAUGCAAUUUCUGACUUCACAGACAACAACUUAAUUAACAUAAUACAGUAUGGAAAGGACUAUUACACCUCAUCAGAAGUGAACUACAUCAAUCAGAUUGAUCCCGAGUCACUUCAAACUAUAGGCCGGGUGAACUACAGGAACCACAUUGCUCUGAACCUGGCUACUGCGCAUCCUCACUACGACAAAGAGGGGAACACGUACAACAUGGGGACGUCAAUCGUGAACUUGAGGGGACCGAAUUAUGUCAUCUUCAAGGUCCCUGCACACGCUUCAGGUGAAGCUGGUAGAAAUGUGGCCCUUAAGAACAUCCAGGAGGUGUGCUCCAUACCCUGCCGCUCCAAGUACUACCCCAGCUACUUCCACAGCUUUGGCCUAACGGAGAACUUCAUCAUCUUUGUGGAGCAGCCGUUCAAACUGGACAUCCUGAAACUGGCCACGGCCUACUUCAGGGGUGUUACCUGGGGCAGAUGCCUGAGGUUCGACAAAGAAGAUAUUACUCUGAUCCACCUGAUUGACAGGAGGAAGGGCAAGGCCGUGUCCACCAAGUUCUACACAGACGCCCUGGUCAUGUUCCACCACGUCAACGCUUACGAGGAAGAGCAGCACGUGGUCUUUGACAUUAUCACUUACAAAGACAGUAAACUUUAUGACAUGUUCUACCUGCACAACAUAACAGAGGACAACCACUUCAUUCAAACUAACAAGACAUCCUCCCGUCCUGCAUGUCAAAGGUUCAUCCUUCCCCUCAACAUUGACAAGGACUUAAGCGGAACAAACCUGGUGAAGCUGGAGGGCAGCAGGGCCAGUGCAGUCCAACAGGAGGAUGGCUCGGUGUACUGCACACCCGACACGUUAUGCGAAGGAGUUGAGUUGCCACGAAUCAACUAUAAAUUCAAUGGCAAGAAGUAUCGUUAUUUCUAUAGUUUAAAGGUGAAGUGGUCGCCGUGUCCCAAUAAGAUCGGUAAGGUUGAUGUGGUCACUAGACAGGGUUUGGAAUGGACAGAGGAGGACUACUACCCGUCAGAGCCUGUCUUCGUCGCUGCGCCCGAUGCUAAGGAGGAGGAUGAUGGGGUCAUUUUGUCGUCUGUCAUCUCUCAGAAUCCAGAGAAACCUCCCUUUUUGCUCAUCCUGGAUGCAAAAAAUUUGAAAGAAAUUGCACGAGCCACCAUCAGCGGCAGCGUGCACAUGGACCUGCAUGGCAUCUUCAUUCCAAAGAAGGACUAA